UCCACGCAGCGAGCUCGCAUGGUGAAGACGUACAGACGACCACUGUCACGAACUUCCGCACUCGACGAACUCGCAUUGUUUUGAUCGUGCUGCCUAGGUUACGCACACGUUGAAUCGAUAGGCGAAGUGCCCCACAGUGAUUGUUUUGCAGUGAAUGACUACGUUUUAACGUUUAUUGGACUGGUGUUAUUUGAAAAAUAAUAUUUGGUUUUUUGAGACCAUGUUCUGAGACACUAUCUUUGGGACUUGGUUGAUUUUGUGCUAUUGGAAAUAUGGCUUCAAAGUGUUUGUUGUUUAUUGCCGGCCUGUUGGCUGUCGUCUCAUCUAUGGAACUAAAAAAUGGGGCCUACGAAGAUUUGGUCAUCAAGGUCCAGGAGAAUGUGCCCGAGAAAGAUUGCAGGAACAUCAUCGAGAAUUUAGAGACGACCCUUACAAGUGCAUCGCAGUACCUGUUUUCCGCCCUGGACAGUCGCGCUUACCUUCGAUCGGCAACUGUUCUGCUUCCCUCUUCUUGGUCGGAUGCAUGCGUACCAACAGCUGUCAUGUCCGGAUCCGGAGAAUCGCCCGAUAUUACCGUCUUGCCAACUGUUUCCCCAAUGGGCAGAAUGUGGACUCAACAAUCUCUCGGCUGUGGUCAACCUGGCGAUCAAAUUUACUUGGGAUUCGAAUCCUUGUUGACUAGAGACAACUCGUUAGGACGUUCUUUGAUCAAGGAAUUCGCCAUGUACCGUUACGGUGUGUUCGAAGAACAAGGAUACCACAAUGACCCGAUCUAUCCCAUGUGCUAUCACGACGAUCAGACCAAACAGGCUAAAGUGACCGGUUGCUCCGAUUUACCCAUCAACGAUUACGGUUUGUGUUCCGGAGAUCCAGAAGCCACCUACAACACCUCCAAAAUGGUCGAUCCCAAAGCCAGAAGUUCGAUCAUGUUUGCUGCCGAAGCGCCAUCCGUCUCCAUGUUCUGCGACGAAGGAAACCACGACAGAUUCGCCCCAACUAAACACAAUUCCGUGUGCGAGAGAAAGAGCGUCCUUGAGGUCAUCAUGAACCACCCAGACUUUAAGGCUAAGGACGUCUUCAACAAUAUCAACAGUAACCAAAUCACCGAUACCACCCCGCGUAUCCUCUACAAGAGACAAAACAUCACCAGAUACGUUUUCGUGAUUGAAAACACGAAGGACAUGCAACAAAGAGAGUCUUGGAUCUAUCUGAAGACAGCAAUGCGCCAAUGGGCCCCAUAUGUUCUUCCCGAAAACUCCGAAAUCGGUUUGGUACUCACUGAUCCACAACCAACCAGGCUUCUGAACGUGUCUUCAGUUAAAAGGUCCUUGAGAGACAGAUUCCACUCGGCAAUCCCGUAUACUCCAAGCGAUUCCAACCAACCAGCUUGCCUGUCUUGCUCCAUUAAAGAAGCCAUGAUUAUGUUGAACGAGAGGACCAGACUUCACGGACCGGCCAGUAAUGUUAUCGUAUUAAUUGCUCCUGGAAUGUCUAAAGAAGAUCAUAUGCCUAAUGUCAUUAGAGACGUUAAAAAAUCCCAAAUUCGCAUUGCUACCAUCAACUACCCAGAUAUUAUGAGGCCACAAACUUUAAGAAGCUUAGCCGAAGCUACCGGAGGUGUUGACUAUGCUGUUUUCGAGAAGAAGCUCAAUGUAGACACAACUCUGCUUACCACCUAUUUCGAUUUACACAGCGUUCUUUGCAACGUCGUUAAAACCUUCUAUUCCGGCUCCGAAUACGACCUGCCAGUUGAAAUCCACAGAAGAGAAAUCGUAGACGAUGGAAGAACUUCGGUAACUGGCAGUUUCAUGCUUGAACCAAACAUGGGCGAACCUGCAAUGUUCACUUUCUUCACUCACAACACGGUGACCCCAUUGAUCAAAAGCUUGAAACUUAUCAGUCCAAGCCAUCAAACCUAUUCAUACAGAAACGACAAAUUUUUGGACUUAAAAAUGAUCACCAUCGACGCCAACAUUUCAGAAACCGGCACGUGGACUUACAUGGUUGAACCAUACCAAGGAAAUCCCCAGCCACACUUUUUGCAAGUCACAGCAACACCUAAAUCAGCUCAAAUGCCAGUAAUCCAUACCAAAUUCCGCACUCACAGAAACAAUCCAGGAGAACCUCUGUUGUUGAUUGCCGAAGUUAAAUACGGAAGCUUACCCGUUAUGGGUGCCAAAGUGGAAGUCACUGUUACCAAGACCGAGCACAAUGGAUCUAUGCCUCAUAAGUACAAGUUUGAUCUUCUGGAUACUGGAGCUGGCGACCCAGAUAUCACCAAAGGCGACGGUAUCUAUACUAGAUACUUCAGCGCUGCUGAAUGGGGACAUGGAAUCUAUAACUUUGAGGUUGCCGUUUCGGACAAUGGAAAUACUGCGUACACUUGGUCUGAUUCUUCAAAUUCUAACGAAGACAAAAAUUGUUGUGGCAGUGUAAUUUCAUCCAGCGGCGUCCAACCCAUUUCUCCAUUCCAGAGAGUUUUACCUAAGAUUACCAUGAUGAUCACUGCAGAUGAAAUCCUUUCCGCUGGACAAGUUGCAGUUGGAAGAAUUGGAGAUUUGAAGGUGGAAGUAAUUCCUGAAGAUAUUAAGGCAAGACUUUCAUGGACGUCUCCUGACAUGGCAGGACAUUCUGUAGAGCGAUACGAAAUUAAAUAUGCCACUUCCGUUUUGGAUAUCAUGGACAAUUUCGAAACUAACGCAGUACUUUGGGAGAAAAAUCAACCAUUACCAUUGGUGCCAGGUUCUGAAACAACUUUCACUUUGGACAUGUCUCAGAACAAAGAGCUUUUGGACAAACCUCUGUAUUUCGCCAUCAAGGCCUAUGAAAAACUCAAUGUAGGACCUAUCUCUAACUGGGUUAGAGUUUUGGUGCCAUCUCCUCCACCACCACCGACCGUACCUCCAACUUACUCAUCUAACGAUUUCUGGCCAAAUAACGUUCCUUCAGUCGGCGUUGACCCUGUUAGUCCAAGCAUGGCGAAAACCAUGAAUAUUGGUUUGGAGCUAAUUCUCCCUGUUUGUAUUGGUUUUCUUCUUCUCGUCGUUCUCUUAAUCGUAUAUUGUUACUUCUGUGUUAUCAAAAGAAGAGACAGGGGAACUCAUAAGAAUAGCAAAGAUAUUAAAAAUAACAAACUGAACUCCAACAUAACCAUUAUUCCUAGUUCACCACAAAACUCAUGCAAUCAAAGUAUCGCUCCAAAUUAUACUCCUGCCAGUGAUAUUCCUGACCCUCAUCAAGUAGGUGUACCAGUUAACAAUUACGCUUACGAAGAUGAAACUAAAAAGCGCUACUCCCUGGUAAACCAACAGGAACAGCAACUCAUUGAAGAAUUGAAACAACAGCAUAUGGUUCAACAACAGCAACGCGAACUUCCACAGAACACAUAUGGAGGCGUCAGCGUAAUAUCUAAUGGCAGUAUCAACAGAAAUGGUCACACUUUAAGCCCCUACAACUCCUGGAGCGCAUCCCAAUUGCUCCACGAACACGAAAGACGCCACAGUCCUAUGGAGAACAUGAUGAACGACGAACAACAAAUGCUGCACCAGGAUAUGAUCAAUGGUUCCCAAGUCGAUCACAUGUCUAUCAACGGCCAAAGCAUUGAUCACAUGAGCUUAAACGGACAUAACAUGGGAGAAUACCCCCAAGGACAUAUUCCACCUCCAGUUCCUCCACUACCUGCUUUCAAUUCCAACGGAUAUCCAGUAAACUACAACAUCUACGGGGUUCACCAAGGUACUCCUCCACAAAACCAUGCCAUUUACCAAACCAUGCAACGCAACGAUGUUAUGGUACCCUUCAAUUCGAGUCUGCAGGGCUCGAUGACGUCGGUGAACAGUGGCGAAAAGAAGCGGAGGAAUGUGACUAUGGUGUAACGGUACAUUCUAGUGGACACUGUCAGUGUGAGGAAAUUAGAGACAUACACUACGUAUUUGUAAUGUGUUAGCUUGUGUACAUGUUGUAAAUAUGUAUUUAGACUUAAGAUUUUGCUAGUCAUAUCAAAGUAUGUAAUCACACUGAAGCCAGUACUUAGUGUAAACAUUUGUAGUUUUAUACAAUACAAAGACUGAUCUCACAGCAUCAUUGAAUUAUUUGUUUUUAUUUGUUAUUUUUUUAUCAUUGUGAGUAUCUGUUACGUUCUGCAAUUUGUACAUAAAUUUAGAUUGUAGGUUAAGAUUUUGUAUAUAUAUUUUUCAUCUUUUUUAAUAAUCGGUAUAAUAAAUGUUGUCUGUAAUUUAAA